AACACACACUCACAAACACACACUUGUCACUUCUCCCGAUAAAGCACUUACUUUUGUAGGAAAAGAAAUAAUGGCCGACGAAAACCACCCCACCAUCGCAUCUCCGCCGCAACCUCCUUCAGAACCACCCAUUUCACCACCACAAACUACCACCACCCCCACUUUAGCUGAAGUCAUUGAACAACCAGAAAACACAGAAACCCCACCUCAAAACAUGCCUUUUUUCAAAGAAGAAAGCAACCAACUCAAAGACUUAUCACCAUUACAAAAGAAAUCACUUGAUGACUUCAAAACACUAAUCCAAGAAUCCUUAAAUCACACCCAAGAUUUCGCCUUUUUGCAAAAACAAGAAGAACCCAUUUCAGAAAUCAGCAUUUGGGGAAUACCCAUUUUGAAAGAUGAAAGAAGUGAUGUUGUUUUACUUAAGUUUUUGAGAGCUAGAGAUUUUAAAGUUAAAGAGUCUUUCUUGAUGCUAAAAGAUACACUUCAAUGGAGACAAAUAUUUGAUAUAGAUAAUUUAGUUGAUAAUGAAGAGGACUUUAAUGAUCAUGAUUUUCUUGAUAAAGUUGUGUUUAUGCAUGGUUUUGAUAAACAAGGACACCCUGUUUGUUAUAAUGUUUAUAGUGAGUUUCAAAAUAAGGAUUUGUAUCAUAAGACAUUUUCUGAUGAAGAGAAAAGAUUGCUGUUUUUAAAAUGGAGGAUUAGGUUUCUUGAAAAGAGUAUAAGAAAGUUGGAUUUUACUCCUGGUGGUGUCAAUACUAUUUUUCAGAUUAAUGAUUUGAAAAAUUCGCCUGGACCGGCAAAAACUGAGCUCAGGGUAGCCACCAGGCAAGCUGUGCAGUUGCUGCAGGAUAACUACCCUGAAUUUGUUGUGAAACAAAUUUUUAUCAAUGCCCCCUGGUGGUAUCUAGCUUUCUAUGCAAUGAUCAGCCCAUUCAUGACUCAAAGGACCAAAAGCAAGUUCGUAUUUGCUAGCACCGCUAAGACUCCUGAAAUCCUUUUCAAAUAUGUGAGUCCUGAGCAUGUGCCAAUUCAGUACGGGGGGUUGAGUGUAGAUUACUGUGACUGCAAUCCUGAAUUCACCAUUGACGAUCCAGCUUCAGUGGUUACAAUGAAACCAGCUACCAAGCAGACAGUGGAAAUUAUAGUAAACGAGAAAUGCUUAUUCGUUUGGGAGCUACGUGUAGUUGGUUGGGAGGUGAGCUAUGGUGCCGAGUAUGUACCCAGUGAUGAAAGUCAUUACACCAUAAUCAUACAGAAGCCUAAAAAGAUGUCUUCAACUACUGAUGAACCAGUGACUACCCACAGUUUCAAGAUCAACGAGCUCGGUAAGAUACUUCUUACUAUUGACAACCCGACCUCAAAGAAGAAAACGCUGCUUUAUAGAUUCAAGGUUAGCCCCCUCCCUGAAUAGUUAGGGAACUACAAAUGAUGCGUUGAUUUGGAUCCGGGUCUUUAUUCUUUAUAGUUUUGUGUCAAAUGUUGUAGGGUGGUUUAUGUUCUUUUUUGUUUGGUAUGAAUUUGGUACCAGGGAUUUAGGGUGUUAUAUAUGUUUAUGUCUAAAAGCUUCUGAUAUUUGAGGAAAUGUUUAUUCUGCGGGGACAUUAUAUGCAUGUAGUAGCGGCUUUGACGUUUA